AUGCCUGACGAGUCAAAUGGCAAUAUCUCACAUGUGAUCUUUACUCGCUGUGGUCUGCACACGACGCUUCUCAUUAUCGAGCUCUGCACCCCUCGAUGUUCAAUUUUGGACGGUGUGACCAAAGAGCAAUCCCCAGAGGAAUGCCGCGGUCUCGUCAGCAGGACCUUGUUUCUAUGGAUCAAUCCUAUCCUUCUCCAAGGAUACAGGAGCAUUCUCAGCCAGGAAAAUGUGCCACCACUGCGUCAAGAUAUACACCCAGCAAUUACACGGGAAUCAAUACUGGAAACAUGGUCUCAGCGUGUCAAACCCGAGAUAAAGCGGACAUUGCCAAUGGCUCUGUACCAAUGCCUAAAAAGACCCUUCCUCGCAGCUGUUGUUCCACGACUAUUUCUCCUUGCCUUUCGCUACUCUCAGCCGAUAUUGAUAAAAGAGUGUAUCCGAUACGUCAAUUCAGGCUUUACAGGCAGUGGCAGUGGGCGCGGGGCUGUGCUCAUUGUGUCUGCCCUUGCGAUCUAUGGUGGUCUCGCUCUCUCGACCGCUAUAUACAGACACCGCAUCAACCAAUUGAAACUCAUGACGAACAGCGCGCUGGUAAGCCUAAUCUACGACAAAACCAUGAAGUCGCCCAGCAUCACUUACAACAACGGCGAGGCAACCACGCUCAUGAGCACCGACGCGGACAGUCUCGAUGGCAUCGCGGAGAUGGUUCAUGAAACAUGGGCUCAGGUUGUCGAGGUGUUGAUCGGGAUCGGGCUUCUGGCCAGCCAAGUCGGCUGGAUCUGGCCCCUGCCUCUUUUUCUUAUAUACCUCUGUUCGCACAUGAGCCGAUUCGUCGCAAAGCACCUGCAGCCGCGGCAAAAGGCCUGGAAUUCAGCGACGCAGCAACGGAUAGGCGCUACCGGCUCUCUACUGAGUGCGAUGAAAGGAGUGAAGAUGCUUGGGAUUCAACACAAUUUGACCGAUCGCAUUCAGCAGUUGCGAGAGGAAGAGCUACUGGCUGCUUCAAAGCUGCGUUGGGUUAUGGUAUACUACAAUGCAUCAGCCAAUGCCCUUGGAAUCUUCUCCCCGGCCAUCACCGUGGUAAUUUAUGCUCUCAUCGCGGUUGCUCGCGGGGGCAUGCUGGAUACUGAGACGGCAUUCACCACCAUGGCCAUCCUGAGCAUGGUCACACAUCCUGCCAAUAUGGUCAUGACGAUUGUUCCGCGUGCAGUAGCUGCUUUCGCUGGCUUUGAGAGGAUCCAAGCAUUUCUCUUGCGUGAAGACCUACCAUUCAAUCGUGCGAUACUAGCAAAGGGAACCCAUGAUAGAUUCUCCGGGGAUCGGGUCACUGGCGAGAUAUCAGAGCCAGCCGACCUUAUACAAAUCAGUCAGCUGCGUAUCGGCGAUGAGCACCCGGUAUUAGAAAGCAUUACCCUCGACAUAGCGAAGGGAUCCUUUGUGAUCGUCUCCGGCCCAACGGGCAGUGGCAAGACGAGUCUACUGCGCGCCAUACUGGGAGAAAUUGUCCCUGCCCAUGGCUCGAUCAAUGUGUCCACGCCAAAAGUAGCCUAUUGUGCGCAGAAGCCGUGGCUACCUAACACGACAAUCAAAAAGGCAAUUUACGGUGCUACGGUGGCGAAGACGCGGGAAAGUGAGAAGUGGUAUCAUGAGGUCACAGAAAUGUGCUGUCUGACCCAUGACUUCAGCUCCCUUCCUGAUGGAGAUCAGACUGUGUGUGGCAGUGGUGGGCUGAAUCUGUCGGGUGGACAGAGACAACGAGUGGCACUUGCACGGGCUCUCUUUGCCAAAUGCGAUCUACUCCUACUUGACGACACUUUCAGCGGCCUUGAUGGUGACACGGAACAGAAGGUCUUUGACAACAUUUUUGGGCCCGACGGACCUGUUCGAACUCUGAAUACUACUGCUGUUCUUGUCUCAAACUCAGCUCAGUACUUCCAAUCUGCGGAUUACAUCGUGGUUCUCGGCGAGCAUCGAAUCGUAGACCAGGGACGCUGGGAAGAUCUGAAAAUCAAAGCUGCAUCCAUCGAGAAGUUCUCAGGCAGUCAACACACGCCGAAUAAUGCUGUUCUGACCGCCAAGUACGAGACGCUUGGCGCUCAACUGCGAGCCAAAGACGAGACUGAAAUGGAUCUUGCAAGGCAGACGGGGGAUCCCGCUCUCUACGCAUACUAUCUGAGAUCCAUCGAUAUCAUCAAUCUCAUUCUUCUAAUUACCACGAGCGCAUCAUACAGUAUCUUCAUUACGAUCCCGCAGUACUGGCUGCGACUGUGGACCGAGUCCAAUGGCAGAAACACCGUGUUUUAUGUGGGUGGAUUUCUGUUUCUGUCGACUAUCUCGUGGAUGUCAACUAGUGUCAUGAUGGGAAUCCUUGUUAUUCGGAUUGCACCGCAGUCUGGGAAACGACUGCAUCAGCGUCUUCUAGAUAUAGUCGCAAAUGCACCUUUGUCCUAUUUCUCCCAGACCGACAACGGUUCAACCUUGAACAGAUUUAGCCAAGACAUCCAGCUGAUCGACAAGCAACUCCCCACAGCCUUUCAGACUGUCAUGACUCAGAUUUUCAAACUCCUGAUGCAAAUCGCCCUCUUGUGCAUCGCCGACAAAUGGCUCGCGGUAUCCCUCCCAGCCUGCGGGCUUCUUGUCUACUUCGUACAGAAAGUCUACCUCCGAACCUCACGACAACUCCGCUUGUUGGAGCUGGAAUCGCGUGCGGGCGUCUUCUCCAGCUUUCUGGAAUCAAUCGACGGGCUCGAAACCAUCCGCGCGUACGGUUGGACCUACGCUGCCAUUCGCGACAAUAUCCAGCACCUGGACCACGCACAGCGGCCGGAGUACCUUCUACUGUGUCUGCGGCGGUGGCUGAGUCUGGUCCUGGAUUUUUUGGCUGCUGCCCUGGCCACGAUCGUGGUGGCUACGGCGGUCGCAUGGCGCGGACAAGUAAGCGGCGCGCAAGUGGGCAUCGCGCUGAACGUGAUGCUCGUGACCAACACCACCCUGCUCAGUCUGGUGGUCAGCUGGACCAAUCUGGAGACCUCUCUGGGUGCGAUCGCGAGACUGAAAUCGCUGGAGGAGUUCACCCCGACCGAGGGCGGAAAUGCUGGGAGCCUUGAUCCUCCGCCCAACUGGCCUUCCAAAGGAGAGAUUGAGUUCGACAAUGUCACCGUAUCCUAUCACGGCCAAUCCGACGCCUUUGCUCUCCGGAACCUGAGUCUCAGGAUUAAUGCCGGCCAGAAACUCGUGAUCUGCGGUCGGACAGGGAGGCGAAGCACAUUGAUCCUCACCCUCCUGCGCCUCCUGGAGCUGCAAUCCGGCACAAUCAAAGUUGAUGGCCUCAACAUCAGACAGGUGAGACUCGACCUCCUCCGUCAGCGCGGCUUCAUCGCCGUCUCGCAGGACGCCCGACUCUUCCCCCACGAGACGCUACGCUUCAACCUCGACCCCGACUCCGCCGCAUCAGACGAGAUGAUUGCUUUUGCAUUGGGAAAAGCGGGACUGUGGAAACACUUUUCCGCAGUCGAGGCGCUAGGCGCAGACGACUCCUUGGCCACUGUGAUCGACAUCCCUGGACACGGUGUCGAACACCCUGUUCUGAACAGAAAAGUCUCCUCGUUCCCGGAGCUUUCCGUCGGACAGUGCCAGCUAUUCGCGGUGUGCCGCGCGCUGAUCAAGGCGCGAGUGCAGCGGGGAUGUGGUGUCACACCCGUGGUGGUGCUGGACGAGGUCACUUCGUCGCUUGAUGCGGAGACGGAGGCGACAAUCCACCGGAUUAUCGACGAGGAGUUUACGCAGGAGGGGCAUACUGUUAUCGUGGUUGCUCAUAGAGUUGAGGGGUUGGUGGAGCAACUCACCCCAGGGCGGGAUACUGUUGCGGUCAUGGCAGAUGGAAGAUUAGUGGAUGUCGUUGAGCAUUUCAAUCCCGCGGAUUUCUCGAAGCUCGGACGGUUGGAGUAA